AUGUCCAACUCACCUUCCCCCACUGUGGAUUAUGCCCAACUCACCUUCCCCACUGUGGAUUAUGUCCAACUCACCUUCCCCACUGUGAAUUAUGCCCAACUCACCUUCUCCACUGUGGAUUAUGCCCAACUCACCUUCCCCACUGUGAAUUAUGCCCAACUCACCUUCCCCAAUGUGGAUUAUGUCCACCUCACCUUCCACAUUGUGAAUUACGCCAACUCACCUUCCCCACUGUGGACUACACCCAACAAACCUCCCCCACUGUGGAUUACGCCUAACUCACCUUCCCCACUUUGGAUUCCGUCCAACUCACCUUCCCCACUGUGGAUUAUGUACAACUCACCUUUCCCACUGUGCUUUACGUCCAACACACCUUGCCCGCUGUGGAUUAAGCCCAACUCACCUUGCCCACUGUGGAUAUGCCCAACUCACCUUUCCCACUGUAUAUUAUGUCCAACUCACCUUCCCCACUGUGGAUUAUGUCCAACUCAUUUUCCCAUGUGGAUUAUGUCCAAAUCACCUUCCACACUGUGGAUUAUGUCCAACUCACCUCCCCACUUUGGAUUAUGUCCAACUCACCUUCCCCCACUGUGGAUUAUGUCCAACUCACCUUACCCACUCUGGAUUAUGUCCAACUCACCUUUCCCACUGUGGAUUAUGCCCAACUCAUUUUCCCAUGUGGAUUAUGUCCAACUCACCUUCCCACACUGUGGAUUAUGUCCAACCCACCUUCCCCACUGUGGAUUAUGUCCAACUCAUUUUCCCAUGUGGAUUAUAUCCAGCUCACUUUCCCAACUGUGGAUUAUGUCUAAUUCACCUUCCCCACUGUUGAUUAUGUCCAACUCUCCUUCCCCACUGUGGAUUAUGUCCAACUCAUUUUCCCAUGUGGAUUAUGUCCAACUCACCUUCCCCCACUGUGGAUUAUGUCCAACUCACCUUCCCCACUGUGGAUUAUGUCCAACUCAUUUUCCCAUUUGGAUUAUGUCAAACUCACCUUCCCCAUUAUGA